AUGUUGAAGUGUUCAUCUAACCUGCUCAAUGUCUAUGUCGACUACAUGUUAGAACAUGUAGCUCGACAAAGACAUGAACAAUCGAUCGAAUUUGUAUCGGAGAGAAGCUUUCAUUCCGCGGUUACGCUCAUUUUCAUUUUCCAUGCAUCAGCGGUAGCCGGCUCCUCCGUCUUUCUCAGACCGUGUAUUCUAUACUUGAAACCAAUGCUUCGUCAAAAAAGAAAAAGAUGUUUGCUUAUUGCUGAACUUUGUGGAAGUAUUGCUACUGCGUUUUGCAAUUCUCAGGUUUUUUGUAAGAAAAACCAGUUUUGGUAUUCGAUCACUUAUCUUAUAGAUUUCCUGCUCGAUGCACUCGGAUUAUUUGGCGAUGCAUUGCUUUUACCCCUGCUGAAUGUGCUAGAAUUCACAGAAGAUAAUGGGCUUAUUUGGGCGAGAACGAGUCUCAAAGAAGAAAAAGGUUUGAUGCGCUAUCAAAAGCGCAAACGAACUAGACAACACAUGCCGCGCGGCAAUCAGCAAAGCAUUAUCUGACGUACGCCAAUACAAAUUCCAUGCAGCGUGCCUAACCCUCAUUCCUUCCAAAAAAAAAUGAUAAGGACGCAAGAAGGCACGACUAUCGAAAAACGGAAUUCCGGGACUCGCCUGAGGAGGACUAAUUUUCGUUUUCUCUUUUUUUCUCAUUGAUGUACAAUUUGGUUGUUGAGAUCCUGUUGUUGAGAUUGAGAGUAUUGUUGUCGUUUGUUCUGGUUUUGUCGUUGAGUUGUC